GAAGAUGCUCUUUUUUUUUGGUAGAAUUUGAUCCCAGACCUAGUUUCCCAUGGCCUGUGAGGCUCGCAUCACAGAGCUGGAGGUUGAAGCUAAUGCCCUUCGCAAUCAGGUGAGUGAGUUGAAGGAGGUGUUAGAAGUUGAGCUAGAACGCAUGAGGGCGGAGAUUCAAUCACAGCUAAAUGAAGCAAAGCAGCUUUUGCUAAAUCGCGAGUCGACCUCGAUGGCGCGAGUAGCUCAGUUAGAAACGGAAGUGGCGCAUCUUACUCAGUUUUGCGAGCAGGCGAUGCGGACGGAAGACUUGAUUACUUGUCUCCCAAGAAAAGAGAACGUGACCGGAGAAUUCAACGCUGCUGACGACGCGCCGCAUCCGUCACACCGCGGCGGAGAGAGCUGGCGCGGCCAAGAUGUUGAAGAGGGCUCCCUACACGAAAAAGUGCGCUCGACUCCGCUGUCCGCGACUGUCCAGUCACCUGCCGCCCACCAGACGCCGGGCGUUGACUCCGCCGUCGACAGUCUUCAAACUCGCCUGGACGAGGUCUAUGACUUCUACACUGCAACCUCUGCCUCCAAUGCAGAUCUUUUGCACCCCGUUAUGAAUCUUUCUCAUUUUACAAACAUGGUGCGUGAUGCCGGGAUUUGCGGCGGUCGACGUCCUGUCCAGCCGGAGCUGCUAUGGAUGGCUGUCAUGCGCAGCUACUCACUGGCCACCACCCGGGAUGAUACCGCACGACGAGUAGGUAGUACGCUGCUGCUCCCUCGUGUCUACGGUGACGAGAAGCAGUCGACACAACAAGCCCUUUUUGCCCGUGAGCGUCUGCAGUGCAUAUCGCGAAUUCAGUUCAGUGACGCACUCUAUGUGGUAUACUGCUCCGCUUUUUCACGCAUGCACGACGCUACACCCUCCCCAGAGCGGUUUCGCGACUUCCUUGUGCGCACGUUUUUACCGAAUGUGGAGCAUCGCAUCCACCGCCGGGAGUCAAGAAAGAAGCUGCACGUCCCUUCGGAAAUGGCUUCAAGCAACUCGGCCACAUCUCCGCCCUCGCCCGAAGCUUCCAUGGUGUUAUCUGCGUCCUUCACAAAGCUGAACAACGUAGCCACUAACGUCACCGCCAUUCCUUUGGCGGAUGUAGUGGCGGCCUACGAGGUGGACGAAGCCGUUCGAAAACUAGGGCAGCAAUUCACGCCGCACCUCAAAAACGCGUUCGUGAGAGCGGUGCAGUCCCCGCCCCACCUUCAGCUGGACAAGGCGCGCAUGAGUAUGGAGACAUUUUUGGAGUGCAUUCGCCAGCACAACUUACUACCACUGGUGUCUAAAAGGCAAGUGAAAGCGAUCUUUCGCUUCUGCCUCAACGCACAGCCCGCGGCGCCAAACGCCAAGGAGGACGAGUGCAUCGCGUACCCCUCCUAUGUCACGGCCAUGUAUUGCCUGGCAGAGCUGAUUUACGGCAGUGACUCCAUGCUGCGAGGACGGUAUCCUUCAUUAUGCGCUCGUCUUUCGAAGCUUUUUGUGAAGAUGUUUGUGCUGUAG